GGAUUUCAUGGCAUUUAGGAUUGCAUACACCGCAACAUUUCUAACAAAAUCAAUAUUUGCUGCCAGUUCACGUUUUCCCUUCACAUCGUCAUGAAGGACGUGCGCCAGGCCCUUAGCAACAACACCAUUAUGGCCAACACCCAGCACCCCCUUUCAGAGCGAUGCAGAGCAAUGCUGGACAAGAAGCAAUGCCCUCGAGGUCGAGCACGGGCUUCUUCUUCAUCUCCUUCAGCUGGUGCCAGGCUGGACCGAGUUCCAUACACUGUGCCCCAUAGGUCCUUAGCCGCGUGGCCACCGAUGGAAGAGCGGAACUUUGAGAAUCUGGAGGAUCGGAUGGACAGAUCACGGAUGAAUUGGACGUUCCUCGCACGGGUCUCCUGCAGAGGC